AUGAGAGCAACCAUAGCGCCUGCCUAUAAGAUCCACCUCUCCCCACCAGUAGCAGCAUCAUCCACAACCACAACAUCAGAAUGCGAUGGCCCCGGUUGCCACCUCCACCCUUACUCGGGGACAACAGAUUUCGAAGCUAACGCUGCCAUGAUCCUCAUCAUUCUUUUGUGUGCACUCAUUUGCGCCCUGGCUCUCAACACCGCCAUACGUUGCUUCCUUCGUGGCCAACAACACAACCAUCGUAGUCGCCCAGUGGCCACCGAAGGCAGCAGCAGGCUACAACACCAGCAACAGCAGCAGCAGCAACAGCAGAAAAGUAAUGUAGGUGUGGCUGCAGCUGCGCUGGAGGGGGUUCCAGCGCUGGUGUACUCGGCUGAAGUUCAGACUAAGCUGGCAGGGGCCGAGACAGAGUGUGCCAUUUGCUUGUCGGAAUUCGAGGAGGGGCAGGGGAUUCGGGUCAUGGCUAGAUGUAACCAUGGAUUUCAUGACCAAUGCAUACACCAGUGGCUGUCUUCCCACUCUUCUUGUCCCACUUGCCGUACCUCUUGUCUACCUCCUUCUCCCUUAACUCCACAUCAACACAUGGAAAGCUGCAAUUCCCAAAUGGAAUGACUUUUAGUAACUCUGUUUCUCUCUCUGUUUCUGUACUAAUACUAUGUACAAAAAUUGCAAAUACAAGUUCUAAUGUGAAUCUCAUCUGGUAUUUCUCCUCCCA